AUGGACUUCUUAGACUUCCCAGCUCUUGUGGCAACAGAAGAACCUGCUGCUUUACCGCAACCAGCAUCGCGUCUUUCAUUAGAAACUUUGGGUAUACAGGGAGAUCAAGAAGAACAAACCUUUGUAUUACCAUCAAUUGAUAAUGAUGAGGCAGAAUUCAGUGAUCUACAUAGCAAGAUGAAACACUUCGCUAGUGUUUCACUUCAAGAAUUGAAGCAUGACUCUUUGGAAGAUAAAUCUAACAAAACCAGCACAUCUGCAAUUCUUGCCAAUAUUGAAAAGCCAGUAUCAACCAACCAGUUACUUUCCAAAAAGAUCAAUGAUAUUGUAAAUUCUUCAAACUACUCUAGUUUUUCCUCUGAUUCUGAAGUAAGACAUGCUCUUCAAAUACUUGAAAAGAACCAUUCGAAUAUAGCUGUUCAAUAUGAUCAACUAGUUGCAUCAGAUUUCGUUGGUGUUCUUCACAGAAAAUCAUUACGUUCGAAACUCGAGAACUCAAUGCUCAACUCACAUUCUGAAAUCUUGAGCAACUUUCAUUUUGUGGCCAGAAGAAUAAAAAGGUUAUCGGAGCCUUUGGAAAGAAUUAACAAAGCCAUGGAACACAUUAAUGAAGCUGAUACACCGAAAGUUUUUGAGUUUGAUCAGAUUAGAGAAAAGCUGGAGAAACUCAAGGCUAGACGAGAAGUGGUAGUCAAGUUACGGGACUCAUUAACCCUUAAUCAAUUGGAAUUGGAUAACUUACAAAACGGUAAUAUAGAUGAGUCUUUCUUCAAAAUACUAGACAAGAUCAAUUUUAUUAAGGAAAAGGCAACUUAUCUUCUUUCAGAUGAAAAAACAACAGCGGCUGGUACUUCGUUGCUAAAAUCCAUGAAUAAUUAUCUCAUGAUAUCCAAUAAAAGAAUGUACAACUAUCUCCUCAAUUUCAUCGAUGAGUAUGAUACUUUAUCGAGACAGUACGGCGAGCGUACAAUUGGUGACGAGGCUCUUUCCAAGUUCCAAACAAGUCUUGUUCAUUUAUCUAGUGAUGUUCAGUUUCUUCAAGACUUUUUGAGUCGUAUAUCUACCUUAAGAUCAAAGAGAUUAUUGGACGAUUUCCUUUCUCAAUUUGACAUUGACAAUAAGAAAUUAGAAAGACCAAUUAUUCUUUCUGCUCAUGAUCCCGUGAGAUAUCUUGGUGAUGUGCUUGCAUACCUACAUUCAAUGAUUGUGAAUGAAUUAGAAUUUCUAAAGUCUAUAUUCAAACUCAACCCAGAACUUAUAACCUCUGAUUCAAUCCUAAAGGAUAAUAUGGAGUACGUGCAAGAUUUGCAUCUAAAACUAUUGAAUAAAAUAUUUGCUUCCUUAUCUAAUACUGUUAGAAUAAGGCUAGAACAAAUUGUAAGGUUCGAAAAUGAUCCUCUCUUAAACUUAGACAUUGUUCAGUGCUUAAGCCUUUACCAAAUGAUGUUCACAAGAAGCGGUAUCAGCGAAUCAAGUAUACUAAUAACCAGCAUACAUGACCUCGAAAACUUGGCUAGAUCCAAAGUCAUCACCACUCUUUCCACAUAUUUGAACGACUUAAAUAAAGACCAAAUGGUUCCAAAUGAUUUGCUACCUCCUGACUGGUUUUCUGACUAUUUGUCAAAACUUUCCCAGAUUAUGUCAAAAAUAGAUCAACAAAAUGAAACAAAAAUUUUAACCAAGGACUUUUACGAUAAACUAAUUGUAGAACCUGUUGACCAGAUGCUCACUAAAACUAUUCAUGAUUGGUUUCCGAAUUCCAAAAAGGAUAAAUCAGAGAAAAUCAAUAUGUUAAUAGCACAGAUCAACAGUCUUGACCUUAUUAAAUCAAAGAUAGGUGCUUUCCACAAUACUUUAUUCGCAGAUGGAUAUGGGGCAAAUGUAUAUGAUAAAAUAAACUCACAAUACACCUCGUUCGCCUCUAAGUUAAAGGAUUUAAUGAUGACAUAUCUACUUGAUUCAACUGGGAUGGAGAUUUAUUACAAUCUAUUUAACAUGAUCUUUCCUAUUGUAUCUGUCCAAGAUGAGUUGGAUCAUGAAAUGUAUCUUUCUGCCAUAGAGAACCCAAUCAUGAAAUUACCUACAGUGAGCGAGAACGUACACCAUAAACUUAACGAAUAUAUACCAUUUGCAUUAACAGAUUUCCAGGAUGCAAAACUUUACAACUUAAUGCCACCAUCCAUCGAAGAGGACAUUGUUUCUAGUUGCUUUGACACAUUUAUUAAAUUCUACAUCAUUUUUAAGAGUGUGCUGUUUAAACUCUAUCCAGAUCGUGUAGAAGAUGUUUCUACAACCUUGAACUUUUCAGGAGAUGAAGUGGCUACUUUAUUGGCGGUAAAAGAAGAAUGA